UUGGACCAAUCCGAGUUUAGUUUGUGGAAAGAUUGAGGACAAUGCAACGAAGAAACAGGCACUUCACUUGACUCUUGAUUUCUACUGCCCAAUGUCAGAAGAUAUGAAUCUAUCUGUGAAUGGUCAGUCUCAGGUUCCUCCAGGCUUUAGAUUCCACCCAACAGAAGAGGAGCUUCUUCACUACUACUUGAGGAAGAAAGUGGCUUAUCAGAAGAUAGAUCUCAACGUGAUUCGCGAUGUCGACCUUAAUAAGCUCGAACCAUGGGAUAUUCAAGGUAAAGUCUUGUAUUCCUUCUAUAGUUUGACAGAUAAUCUAGCUUUAAGGAGUAUGCUUACUUUGUUUUUCAUGGGUUUUUUAGAGAAAUGCAAAAUAGGAUCAACACCUCAAAAUGAUUGGUAUUUCUUCAGUCACAAAGACAAGAAAUACCCAACAGGGACUCGAACAAAUCGUGCGACUGCCGCUGGAUUCUGGAAGGCCACAGGUCGCGAUAAGGUCAUAUAUGGCAACCUUAGACGAAUCGGAAUGAGGAAAACUCUUGUAUUCUACAAAGGAAGGGCACCUCAUGGCCUCAAGUCCGAUUGGAUCAUGCAUGAGUAUAGGCUAGACGAUAACAACACUCAUGAAGCCAGUGUAAGCCAGAGCCAUAUAUAUAUAUAUAUACUCACGUCUCUCUUUUCUAUCCUCCUGUACUGA